CUGGGCUAAGUGGACAGACUUCACGUUGAGCUCGCAUGAACCUCAGCAUCUUUCCCCUCCUCCCGCCUAGCUGGACUCAUUUCAGCUGCGUUAAACCGCAGGAACUCCGCCGCGGAACACACGGUGAUCCUGGGCAAGCAUGUGCGCCGCAUGGAAAUGUGUGAGGGAAAUAUCCGAGAUGAAGGCGGCGCGCUCUGAGGAGAGGCGAGGCAGAGAAGUCAGGAAGAAGCAACUGGAGUAAAGCUGUCAUGAUCCGUGAACGCCUCGCCGCGGCGCCACACCUGGCGCUCCUCUUCCUCUUCCUCUGUCGGGGGGAAGGCUGCGGCGUCCCGGAGGCCUCUGGCCUUUCAGAGGAAGACGAGGACAUGCGAGCGACGCCAAGCGAAAAGCAACAAGUCUUGCCUCACCCGGAGUCCGCAGGCGUCUUGCUUGACCGAAUCAAAGAGCCGGGAAGACACGGCUGCGACGCCGAGGCUGACGUAACACCAAUCCCGAGCCUGGCCUUCCAACCACUAGGCGCCAACCACCCGGUCGACAAAAGGGACACGCUGAGCCGCCAUGAAACUUCUGCUGCAUCCUUUAUGUCUAAACUUAGAACAGAAGUCACUGAGAUGGGUAGCAAAACGAGUGGUUUGAGUAAUGGGGACGAUGGCGGUGUAAUUGAUGGUGACUCUCUAGGACCAAGUUCAGAGGAAGAGGCGUACUCUGUCAACGGAGUCGGUGAGGUUCCGCCUGGAAGGACUCGGGGUGGCUCUGAACGGGUCGAAGACCCUCAAUCGGGCCCCCGUCGCCGCAGGAGCUGGCUCUGGAACCAGUUCUUUGUGAUCGAGGAGUACCGAGGGCCCGAGCCGGUGCUCAUUGGGCGGCUGCACACCGACGUGGACAGAGGGGAUGGGCGCACCAAGUACAUGCUGGAGGGGGAGGGAGUCGGCUCCGUGUUUGUCAUCGACGGCAACACGGGCAACAUCCACGUCACCAAGGCCCUGGACCGCGAGGAGAAGGACGAGUACCGGCUCACGGCGACGGCCACCGACAGGGAGACGGGCCAGGCCCUGGAGCCCUCCUCCGAGUUCAUCAUCCGGGUGCAGGACAUCAACGACAACCCGCCCAUCUUCCCCGACGAGCCCUACGUUGCCGUGGUGCCGGAGAUGGCCAACAUAGGCACUUCCAUAACCCGGGUCACGGCCACAGACGCCGACGACCCGACGUACGGAAACAGCGCCCGGCUGGUCUACGGGAUUUUACAGGGCCAGGACCAGUUCUCCGUGGAUCCUCAGACAGGCAUCCUGCGGACCGCCGUACCUGACAUGGACAGGGAGACGCAGGACGAAUAUCUGGUGGUCCUCCAGGCCAAAGACAUGGGCGGACAUCUGGGUGGGCUGACGGGGACCACAACCGUCACCGUGAAGCUGAGCGACGUCAACGACAACCCGCCCCACUUCAGACGCAGUGCAUGGUCGUUCUCCGUGUCGGAGCUGGCUGCACCAGGUGUGGAGGUGGGCCGUCUCACCGCCACCGACCCUGACCUGGGAGAAAAUGCACAGCUGGAGUUCGCCAUCCUGGACGCAGAGGAGGCGGACAUUUUCAACGUCACCGGCAGAGCCAGAGAGGCCGUCAUCGUGCUGAACAAGCUUCUGGAUUACGAAAUGCGUAAUUCGUAUACUUUUUCCGUGGAAGUGGCGAACCCGGUCGUUGACCCCCGGUUCAUACGGAAAGGGCCCUUCAAGGACCAGGCGACGGUCCGGGUGAUGAUCCUCAACGCCGACGAGCCGCCGCGGUUCUCCCAGGCCGUCUACCACCUGGACGUGUCCGAGAACUGCCCCCCCCUCUGCGCCGUCGGCCGCGUCCACGCCGUGGACCCGGACACGGGACAGAGCAGCAACAUCAGGUACUCCAUCGAUCCUCAGUCGGACCCUGAGGCUUUGUUCCGCAUCGCCUCCGACAAGGGCUUCAUCAGCGCCGUGGUAGAGUUGGACCGUGAGCAAGAGCAGUGGCAUAAUAUCUCAGUCAUCGCCACGCAGAGGGGUACGACGGACCGCGCUGCCGCGAGGCGCCUGGAGCGCCGUGGCAACAACGAGUCGUAUUUCACCCGCUGGAGAGCAAACGGUGGAUUAUUCUGUAAUAACUUGAACAUUAGCGUUCAUUUCCCCCCUUCUCUUGUCUCCCUUCCAGACAACCCAAACCUUGUGUCGAGGGCUGUGGUUGCCAUAGAGACACUGGACCAGAAUGACAAUGCGCCGGAGUUGGACAGGCAGUACGCAACAUCAGUAUGUGACUCCAGCGCCCCGGGUCAGGUCGUCCAGGUCCUGCGAGCGGUCGACAGGGAUCAGGGAGGACAGGACUCUCCGGUCCACUUCAGCAUCCCUCCUGAGUCCAGCUCCGCUCUCAACCUCUCCAUCAGAGAAUCUGGAGGUGUGACAGCCAGCCUGGUGCUGCAGUCGGCCUUGGAGCCGCUCCCUGGCUUCUCUUCGUCGCCGCUCGCCCUCGACGUGCCGGUGGUGCUGCGUGACGGGGCCUCGGGGCUGACCAACACUGGCACCGUCACAGUCACCAUUUGCCCGUGUCUGCAAGGCGGCAUGCAGACGGAGAACCGGGGCAGGCAGCGGGACCCGCGGUGGGAAAGGCACGUGGUCUGCCUGCCCGCGCCGACUGCCUCGCCGUCGCUCAUCUUCAGCUUGGUCACGCUGCUCGCCAUGCUGGCCUGUGUCACCACUCUGCUGGUGGUGUGUGCUCUCUCGCUGUCAUUGCGCCAUCAGAAGCGAGACUCCCACUCGCCCUUUGAGGAGGAUGAUGUCAGGGAAAACAUCAUAUCCUACGACGACGAGGGGGGAGGGGAAGCGGACACGGCCGCCUUUGACAUCGCGGCGCUGCAGAGCAUGCACAGGAUCCAGCACAUGCACAACAGCGGGAACAUAUGGUACACCCAGCAGAAUCCGCCCAGAGCCAGGACGUACAGCUGGAGCCGUCACCCGCGCCCAGCUCUGGGCCCCCAGCAGCGGCCGGGCUCGGCCCCGCUCUACGGGCGCCUCUGCUACGGCGUCCACACGCUGCCCGUUCUCAGAGACUACCCGCUCGGGCCGCUGGAGGCGGGCCUCCAGCUGGGCCGGGUGACCCAGGGCCUCACGGCGGGUCACGGCGGCGCCAAUCGUCUCCUCGUCCCCGGCCGGAGCACCUUUGAGCCUCUGCUGCACUCGCCCGAGAUGAGCCUCGGCGGCUUCGAAGCGGAGCAUAUGCUGGCAAAGAGCGCGGCCGCAGACGGGAACGAGAGUGGCGGGUCGAACGCGGCCGGCGCCAAAGGGAAGGAGGAGCAGGCCAAGCCAAACCCGACAGGCCCAGAGUCGACAGCAGCCAACGGCCCAGCAGACCUGACCUACGAGUCGUCGUGCCAGAGUCACACCAGCUUCUCGUCGAACCAGCAGGAUGGCCGUCCGGGGUCGUCCCAGACCCAGGUCAGCACCGGCGCCACCAGCACCACGGCGGACGACAUCGACACCGACUCCUCCAUCCGCUCCAUGUCGGAGCAGAACUACUCCACCAGCAGCCAGAUGAGCAGCGUGAACUCCCCCGCCUACGUCAAGGCAGACUCGUACAGCAUAGUGGGCUCGCUGAACCCGGGCGGGAUGGGGGUGUGCAUCAACGGGACCGGCGCCGGCGGCGGGUUGCAGCUGCUCAACAUGGCAACGCUGAAGGCCAGAGACACGUCCCCGCAGACUUUAACCGCACCGGCGGGGUCGCUCGGCAACGGCAAAGCCCCGGCGUCCGAAGCCCCGAACCCUCAGCCGCUCCGGAUGGAAGAACUCCUCAACAUCCGUUUGGACCGGGUCACCUCGGACCUGUCGCAGCCGCCCUACGACUCGCUGCAGACUUACGAGUUCGAGGGCCGCGACUCCAGGGCCGAGUCGCUGAGCUCGCUGGAGAGCGACGGCGACAAGGAGGGCGAGCGGGCAGCGGGGGGAGGUAUGGACGAGCUCAACCAGAAGUUCCAGAGGCUGGUGGAAAUCAUCCGCGAGAGGCAGAAGGAGAAGAAGAAGACGACGACGACGCAGAGCGGCGAGGCGGCGGAGACCUCAGAGACUCAGAGACAGGGCGAGAACACAGAGAAACAGCAGCAGAGGUGGGAUUUCUAGAUCCUCUGUACCAGACGAGCGUGAGAGAAGAGGAAAAUCUUUGAUAAUGAUGGAGUUUAAACACACACACACGAAAAAAAAAAAUAUUCCUCUGACACAAAUGAGCUUUCAUUUUCUCCCUGACGUCAAGAAUCAAGGCAACCUGGUAGCGCAGAUCUGUGAUCAGUGUGUAGCUUUCACUUUCACCGGGUUUAGAAACAAGAACCCGUCACUUUUCACACUAACCAUUAAUAAUGCAGACAUGGCUUUAAAAGUUAAUGAUAUAAAUAUUAUUUUUUUAUAUAUAUAUAAAUAAAGCACUCCAAAAGUUGUUAGAAAAUCUGUACCAUCAGAUAGUGGAUAGUUAUUUCAGUCAGUAUGUGACGUUUUUGGCUCUUUAGGGAUCCACUAGAAUGUAAACUGGAGAAGACACAUGAGUAAAAUGAUCAAAAAUAUUCAUAUCCCUUAAAUCUUUUCACCUUACAUCAGGGCUGGAUAAUAAAUUCAUAACAAUAUCACGGUAGACACCUGAUCAAGAUCAAUAGAUAAUACAUCUGAUAGAAUAUUCAAUAUAUAGAAAACCACAGCAUUCUGUGAGGCUUUAGCAGAGGGAAGGUUUUAGCCACCUACCUUCUCACAGCAAGCUAAGGUUGGUGGAAUCAACUGACUCGCUCCCUCUUUGGUUACCUAGCAACAAGAUAUUUGAAACAAAAAACCUUGUCAAUAAUGAUCAAUAUUGACAAUUAUUGAUAUCGGCUGAUGUGCAACGCUUAUAUUGCAAUACGUUUUUCAGCCGUAUCGUCCAGCCCGAACAGCAACAAACUUCGGUGUGUUUUAUUGAGAUUUUGCGUGAUAGGUAGACACAAAACAGUGCAGAACUGUGAUGUGGAAGGAAAGCGAUGACUGGUUUUGAAAGGUUUUUGCUAAUGUUGUUCUGUGCAGGUCUCAAAUGUUUGUUCAAAAACAUAAACGAACAAGCAGCAUCAUCAAGACCCAAGUACAUAAAGCAAUGUGUCAAGCUUUGAACAUCUGACAGAGCUCUAAUAAACCAAUUAUCUGAACUUGUCCCAAUAAGAAUUUGUUCCAGAAGUUAUUGCGAUAAACAAUAAUAUUGUUGUUACAGACUUUUUUACAUGUAAUAUUGUGAUAAUAGCAUAACAAUGCUCAAAAAUCAAGAAAUGUUUAAUUUCUAACCAUUAUUCAAUUGUAAGAUGUCAAAAUAAAUAAAUCAAACACCCAAAACAACAAAUAAAAUGGCUACCGGUGGAGGAGAUGUGAUCCGAUCAAACGAUCCACUUUGGCUUAAAAGGCUUAUGGAGUGGGAAAGGGACUCUGAAAAUCACCCUGAACGCACCAUCCCAGUGUUUAGACUUGGUGUGGACAGUCAGGGUCAGAGUUCAUAGAGAGAUACAGAAGCUGCAAAAGAGUUGAGGUUGGAGGCAAUAGAGGUUCACCUUCAAUAAAUAUACCUCUAUAAGCACAGUGAAAUAGUCUACGUCGAAGCAUGCUCUUUUGCCAUAAUGGCUCAGUCAAAGUCAAAACCUUAAUCUAAGAAUCUGUGACAAGAAAAUGGCUGUGUAAAGACACAGUGUUUAAGCUAUUCUGAAAAGAACAGGAGAAAGCGUCUCUAGACGUGCAAAGCUGGUAGAUUUAUGAGGUAUUAACUCAACAUAGAUGGACACUAAACUGUAUUAUUUGCAAAGAAAUGUGAGAAGUAAGUUACGUUUUCCUUUCACUUUACAGGUAUGCGCUGAAAAAAAAAAUCACACUGAAGUUUGUGGUUGCAAAAUGUAGAAAAGUUUAAGGGACGGAUACUUUUGAAAGGCAUUGCAAGUCCUCUGAGUCUGACAUCAGACAUUAACUACGUUAAAAUAAUAAUUCUCCAAACAAAUCUGUUCACUUUGAACGUCAACAAUCAGUAGACUGAGUCUAUCAGUGAUCCUUUUGUUUUUUCUAAAGGGGGGGGGGGGAAAGGUAAUUGGCAUCCAUAUGUAGAUUAACAUCAAGCUCAGCUGUGGGUGUUGUUGACCAGAAAGGGUUUUGGGGCCCCGGCUACCUACUGGACACAAGAAGCGGCAACGAAGUGCUCGAUUUUUGGCUAGCGAAACGUCGAGAACCUGCACUAAAUGAUGCUCACCCACACAAGAAUUAUUUAUAUUCCCCCCCUAUUGUGUGUCUGGAAGCUUCCUCACCUUCUUGUAAAGAGAUUUAUGCAACACGGAACGCAGAGACAUUGUUCUUGUGACGGCCCCCGAGACGCAGAAAGAAAGAAAAAAUCUCUUCAUUUGCUCAGAGAAUACUUAGAUGUUAUUCACGCCUUUUGACAGGGGCUCGUUUUUAAAGCAAUUUUUAAAACGCAUUCAUUAUUUAGAAAGGUGCCGGAAUAAGUUAUUAAAAAUAAUGACAUUAUUUUUCAAUAAUAUGAUAAAAAAUGAAUUUGGCUCCCCGCAAUUGUUCCCACUCUUCAUCCGCGGCGGGAAUUCAGCUCUUAAUCAUCCGUCGGUCUAAUAGGAUUGGAAAGCUUUCAGACUCAUUUUGAAGGCACUUUUUUUUUUCUUCAUGUUUUUGCAUCUUUACGUUUUUUGGGGGUUUGGGGGUUGUUGUUUUUUUUUUGUUUUUUUUUAGAAAGGAGAAUGCAGAGACGAGGAAGAGGGCCAGACCAAAUGAUGCCACAGUCAUCACCACGCAGCUCAUUGUCAGAACGCCGUGGGCAUCUUUAGACGCGAUGCUGCGGCUUGUGGAUGGAAAUAUGGCUGGAAAUGACCAGCCGAGCUCGCAACGGAAACCCAUUUAAUAUCAAACUGGACUGCUGUUGAUACCUUUUAUAUAAAUCACCUCAGCAAUCAUCAGUAAAGAAUAAAAUGCCACAAAAUAGAACCACUGAAUUGCAAAUGUAAUUUAGAAAAAUGUGUUGUUUAUGUUUCAAAGGGAGAAAAGUCCUAGUUAUCAAAGCAAAGUCUGUGUCGGUUCAGUCGUUAUAGGUCGACAGGACAAUGCUGCCAUCUACAGGUCAACAUAUAGAAUACCUCGUUGUGUUAAAACUGUUAAUCCUUCAGGUGGAAGGGACGCCAUGAUGGAUUUAACCUAAGUAUUCCUGGCAUACGGUUCAUACGCUGGAGAACCUGAGGAACCGGGCUAAGAUAUGGAGGUGGGAAGGCCUGAGGGCUCACAGCUUUUUUUCUCAUAAAAAAAAACAACGAAGUGUGUAUGAAUUUUUGUCACUUCAGCUCAUAAAACUUCAUUUUGCUCUA